AUGCUUAGAGGAAAAAUCCACAUUCAUUUUAAUAGUUAUAAAAAAUAUUUUUUUUCUCAAUUAAUAAAUAAAAAGAAACAUGAUAAAAUUACAGGAAAUGUUAUCAUGUUUGAUAAGAGGAAAGGUUAUGGUUUUAUAAAACCAAACGACGGAGGGCCAGACAUUUUCGUACAUUAUACUGACAUUUGUCAAAGUAGAACCUUUGAAGUUACAAAUGAAGAGAAAAAAAAAUUAGCAUGGAAUGCAAGUAUGGAAGAUAUAACGCAAAAGAAGGAGGAAUAUAACUUUGAACAUGAUAAUAAUAAAAAUAAUAAAAAAAAAGAAAUUAAAAAAGAAUUUAAAUAUUUGGUACCAGGAGAAAGAGUCAAAUUUUCCGUAAUAUACGAUGAAAAAAGUAAUUCAAGUAAAGCUAUAAAUGUUGAUUAUAUAGAUUAG